CUCACUAUUCAUACUAGCUUAUAAUAAUGCUAGAAAUAUGCACAUCACGCCAUAAAUACACAGGCCUGAUUGGUUGCUAAGGUGGAUGGCGGGAAUAUGACACACCUUCACCCGCUAGUUUUAAUUGAGAUUUUUGAAGGAUUAAUACAAGAGCUGCGUCUUUUCACAUAUAAAAAACAGUCUACUUCAGUUGAUACCAAGUGCAAAGGGAAAAUCAGUUCACUAUUUCUUCUCAAUAAGGCUUAUAAAUCACUGCAUGAAAUGAACAAUUUUUAGCAAUAAUAACAAAUAACUGUAUGGUGAAGUCAAGUAUAGCAUUAUUGUGUAAAAGUACUUCAGCGUUGAAGAGACGUAAAGUCUAUGAGACAUCUGAAAAGUGCUUAGAACAAAUUACACAUUUAUACCUAAAUGGUAAAAAUCUAGAUGAACUGGGUCAUGAAAUCGCUCUUUGUCAGUGCCUAACUGUUCUCUACCUAUAUGACAAUAAGUUGAAAUAUAUACCAAAACACUUAAAAUUAUCCCACUUGACACAUUUAUAUCUUCAAAAUAAUCGCAUAAGUCGUAUAGAAAACUUGAACUCAUUAGAGAAGUUAGAAAAACUUUUCCUCAGCCGAAAUUGUAUCAGUAUAAUUGAAGGCUUGGAAGGAUUAAUCAGACUGCAAGAAUUACGCAUUGACAACCAAAAUUUGAAUCCAGGCGAAAGUCUAGUCUUUGAUGAUCGUAGUCUGAAUUCUGUAGCUAAUAGUCUUAUAUGCUUGGAUGUGUCAGGUAACAAACUGGACACCCUACAAGAUUUAAGUAAUCUUCAUGCCUUAAUCUCUUUGAAUGUAUCGAAUAAUUCCAUACGAUCUAUCCAUGAUCUAUCUGCAUCACUGAAUAAAUGGUCAAACCUUAAAGAGUUCCAUAUACAAGGCAAUCCUGUCAUGAAAACAACUCGAGCAAGAGAUAUCAUCAUUGUAACUGCAAAACGUUUAGCUUGUCUUGCUGUAGUUGCCAGGUUUUCUACAUAUUUCCGCUUGUCAGCUCUAGUCCUCUUCAGUCGUCUGUGUACUUCUGUAGAUUACGCCUGUGUCCUGGCUUUCUGCUCUUUUGUCUCUGUAUGUUUGGCUGUGCCCAGAGUUUAAUUCUUUGUACUAUUGCUUCUUAGGGCCCAGGACCUCCUAACAUGUUAAAAUUAUCGCCUUUCUAGUUCUUUUCAGUUACUCUCCGAUUGUUUCCUCUUUCUCCGGUAGAUAUUGUAAUAUUUAGGACAGUUACCUUGAACCAACUGAACUUGUUGGCAUCAGAAAAGAAGGGUAUAUUAAAAUUCUGUAAUGCUUCUUCUACUGUCGAAUGUUUUUUAGCUUGGGCACCACCAGGUGGUCAGGUUUCAGGUUAUCUAAGGCAACAUGAGCUCCCUUCUUCGGUUUUACGUCUUCGAUAGUUCUAAAAAAUUUUUUACUUAUGCAUAUUUUGUCUAUUAGGCUUUCCUAAAUACGUUCUGGUGAAGUCCAUAUCCAGACCGAAGCUGCUACCUUGACAUGAGGUGGUCCGGCUUGCCUAUCGUGAUGACUCAACCGAGCUCUUUUGGCUGGAACACAUGUUCCUUUAGGUCCUACCAUGCCAGGCAUAUUGGUCGGGGAACGGUUAGACUAAGAUCAGUAACUUAAGAUCCAGAGGCAAAUUUGUAACGUCGACUGUAAACGAGUGUGACGGCAGUAAGAUGGUUCUCUUGGAAAACCUCUAUCUGCAGCGAUGUCACCUUCUUACAACAGAGGGAAGAAGGUCGAAAAUGUCGGUCUUGAAAAUUUCACGCCUCAUCUUAACCCGCGGAUUUCCGUCUCUUAGGAUAAGGCCCUUUAAAGUGCGGAGCUAAUCAAACGAAAGCCUUCCAAAAAGGCUGUGUGUGGUCGGCCUCAAGCAUUUGCCCCUUGGGCUCUGCGGUCACGUUUCCAAGUCACUAAAACUACCACUAAUCCGGGCUCCUUUUCGGGUCCCUCUACGGCGUAGGCAGCCGGAAAGUGAUAACCGCCUUCAUGCCUCCAAUGGCACACGAGGUCAUCUUGUUGACGAUCGAAUUCCCCUCCUACCUCAUAAAAAUUCCUCCACCUCACGACUAACUCUUUUCAUCUAUCUUUAUCAACGCACGCCGCCAAUGCUAAUGACUUGAGUCCACGAAAUGUUAUUCCCGGUCUCCUGAAUUCACACCCUAAACUACACAUUGUAGCUUUUAAUGUUCGAACCUUGUGUCAAGUAGGGACACGGGUUUCUUUAGCUAGGACUCUAGAAUCUCGCUCCAUCGAUGUGUGCUGCGUCUUCGAAACGCGCAAACAAUAUCCAAGUACUCUCAUUCAUAUAAUCUCACCUUGCCAAUAUAAAGAACUGGUACUACUUACACUUCGAGUAUCCGAAGUCUCCACUGCUACU